ACAGGCCAGCACGGGCUCCACAGGCUGCUGGGCUGCUGCGUCCUGCUGGGGCUUGACCCAUCGGUUUUAUUUGCCCCAAAAAGGGAAAACGGCCCCGAAUCCCUUUGCUCGAGUGGAGGAGGGGGAGAGAGUUCGGGCAGAAAACUCCAAAAAUCCGUUUUGCCCAGCCUGGGAAGAACAAACCACCCAGAAGUGAGGUGGGACCUCCCAGCAGCCCUUGUGUGCCGUCUCCCCCCCGAAGCCCUCCCCGGGGUGCUGGAGGGUGACUGGGCACACUGGGAGCACUGGGAAGGGGCUCAGCCUCCCGUCACCCCCGGGAGCUCCAAGGCUCCGAGAGCCGGGAUGGAACGCGGCGGAGGGAGAAGGGGAAGGGACAGGGCUGCCGGCGCUGGACGGGGCACGAGGGACACGUGGGGAAGGCAAUAAACAGUAAAACGAUGACGAAAGAAAAAACUCGGCGGCGGCGAAAGGGCCAGUGAGUCACACACGUCCCGUUUCACACCCACACGGCAGAGCCAGGGAGGGAGAUCGGAGAACAGCCAAUGGGAAGCGUCGGAGAGCCCCCGUCAGCCAAUGGGAAGUGUCGAAGGGCCCCCGUCAGCCAAUGGGAAGCGACGGAGAGCCCCCGUCAGCCAAUGGGAAGCGACGUGUCCUGAUGCCAAUUAAACCACACUGAGAAGCUGCUGGAGAAGAGACAAAAUGAACUGAAAUUGCGUCAGUUGUGAAAGUUUUAUCCUAGUUUAUGACUAAACCGACCCUACCGCGAAAUCUCACAGUCACUGAGAGCUGCCCUGCGAGGCUGCUGAGUGCAUCCACCCCACAGAGCCCAGGGAAUGUCAGCCCUGGGCCCUGAGGCUUCUCUGCAAGGAUGGGGAAAGGAACCCAAAAGCCAAAUUCUUCAAGCCAAGAGGAAGCCCUGAAAACCUGCAGUGAUCCAGAGGAACAGGCCAAAUGGGGGUCCUACAGAACCGAGUCAGACCGGAGAACAUCCCCCAAGGUGCGUGUUCUCCUCGCUCAGAGUGUGUUCCUGGGGAUCCUCAGCUUGAGCCUGGUCGUGGCACUGACUGGUGAGUCCCACCCAGGCACCUCCAUGGGGAGGAUCAGGGCCAGGCUCCUCCGUUUUGGGCAAUUGGAGGAUCCUUGGACUUUCCCGGCAUCAAGGGAGGCUCCCAAAGUGGGUGACUCCCUUUUUUCCCUGCACUUUGCUCCAGGCACCUGCUCCUCACUCGGUCACACCUUUUCCAAGAGCAUCAUCCCCCAAUUUCCUCUUCCAGCUGCUGGAAUAAACCAAGGAAUCAAACCCAUUUUGCUGCUUUUCAGGGCUGCCCACGUGUCUGACUCAGCUUUCUGUGUUUCAGUUCUCAGUGUGAGACCCCCUUUCCGUGAGCCGGAAUUCUCCCACGUGUGCCCAGACACCUGGCCUGGUUUCCAAGGAAAAUGUUAUUAUUUUUCUGAGGCUGAGGGCAACUGGACCAUGGGCCGGGCAAGGUGUGAGGCCCUGGGAGCUUCCCUGGCCACCAUAAGCACCAGGGAGGAACUGGCCUUCCUUCUGCGCUAUAAAGGUGAAACAAACCACUGGAUCGGGCUGGGAAUGAGGGAUAACGGCUGGGAGUGGAUCAAUGGCACGGCCUUGAACGGCAGGUUUGAGGUGAGGGGUGUGGGGCCCUGUGGGUACCUCGAUGACUGGUGGAUCAGCUCGUCCCUGUGCCACAGGGAGAAGAACUGGAUCUGCAGCCGCCCUGACAACUUCGUCCUGUGGGAGGGGAAAUUAAGAGACCCCAAACCAGGACUUUCAGCCUAAAUCUCUGACCAGAUGGGGGAGCUUCGCCCCAGCACUGCAACUGAAAUAUUCAGGGUGAAUCCAAACAAUCAGGUACAAGGAACCGGUGCUAUCCCCCAUCCUUUGGGCCUUUUGAGCAGCACAAGUGUGGUGUGCACCACAGAAAACUUGCUCAAAAGGUUCGCACAAAUGCAACUGGUAUUUAUACAAUUUGCCUUAAACGCAUUUUUAUAUGAGUACGACAUUUGUGUAGCCAUAUUUAUAUGAGGACAACAUUUAUGUAGCCAUAUUUAUAUGAGGACAACAUUUAUGUAGCCAUAUUUAUAUGAGUAUGACAUUUAUGUAGCCAUAUUAAUAAUAGGUGGAGAAUAGGCGGAGCUCAGGCCGGUGCUUCUCUUGGCCCUCCAUUUCAGUGGGGGGUAAAUCAGCCUUUUUUCACACUGUUUUCAGCCAUAUUUCAAGUUUUUUCUGCGGUGGCCACGGUUUGGGGGCGGUUUUGGGGUGAGAAAGGAGCCUUUUAUUGCCCAUUCUCACCCUCCUGGUACUUCCGCAUCACUCCCGCUCUUCUCACCAUCGGCGCGUGCUGAUUGGCUGAUUAAACCACGCCCCCUCACUCCCAUUGGCCGCUCCUCCUGUAAGGGGGGUACUUUUGAAUUAGAUGAUCAAUGGAGCAUGGAGGCGUGAGAAAGGAAUCAUAUUAGGAUGUGAAA